AAUGAGAUCACAAUCUUCCAUGAUAGUUCAAAGGUUACAGAGAGGCAGCCGCACGAGUUGACUCACCAACCAUCUCUUCAUCAUUAUUGAUUCUCGUAUUUUCAAUAUCUCAUGAAACCUCACUUCUCUAUCCUCUUCGCUUUCGCAUCUUCCUCACAAAAGUCAACCAACCCUCGGAGACUACUCCGGCCAUGCCCCGUCGAUUAAACGACGGAGAUCCUGGCCGUUUUACCGCCGCCGCGCUCCUUUUCAUCGGUCUGAUAUCGUGUCUUGUCGUCUACGCUGUCUUCACUGCUCUUCUCCGUCCCCAAGGUCACAAACUCGAUUCCGCCGUCCGGUUCACUGACUCGCGAGAUCACUCCCGUGUAGAUGGCGGCGGAGGGUGUUGCCGUGGAGUAGAUAAUCUGGAGCUGUGGGGUUCGGCGGUGAAGUGGGGGACGGAUUUCAAGUUUAAUUCGUCGGAUGAAUGUUGCAAGGCGUGUAAAGUUAUGUGCAGUGGCGACGACGGACCUUGCUUGUGCGAUUCAUGGGUCUUCUGCGGGGACAAAGAGGCUUGCGGGUCCAAGUUCGGAGAGUGUUGGUUGAAGAAGCAAAAAGAUGUAUUGGUGCCUGCUCGACAGGAAGGUGGUGGGCAGAAAGUUAUGUGGACAUCUGGGCUGAUCUUCGGACAAGGCCAGGGCAUUGUUGGUUUUGAGACAGAACACGGUGUACUUCAUGUCAAACUUCACCCUGAGUGCGCUCCUCACUCAGUAUAAUACAUUCUUAGUUUGUUAACUAUGCGCCACUGCGCAGGCUGCCAGUUUCAUCGGGCUGAGAAUCGAGGAUCAUAUUGGGACUCACAAGGCAAUCAUAUAAACAACGUAAGAUACCUUUCACAAAUUGGCCUGCUAAAUAUCAGUAAUCAUAGCAGCUAGGAUCUGUUCUCAUACUACGAAUACUGAUUCUUGUGUUGUGAUGUCAUCUAUUUGGUUCAUUUUCCGGUUUAAACUUGUUCAUACUUGCGCACACGUCAUCACUACGCGGUGCAAUUUAGCACAAUCUCAAACCGGCCACCUCCUCCCCCAAGUUUUCUAACCUACGCAUCUCUUCCGCCUCUCUUAUCAUCCUUAACCCACCGCUCUUUCUCCUAACCCUAAUUUCUUCUUUGCCACCGGCAUGUCAACCCCCGAUAAUGAAUCCCCCGUCGCCACCGCCAUCGAUCCUUCCACCGCCGUCACCGUCUCGACCACCACUACCAGGAGAGUCCCGCCUCCGUGCUGGACCGACGAGGAGACCGCCGCGCUCGUCAAUGCCUACAAAGACAAGUGGUUCGUUCGCCCUCCGCCGUGGGAACCUCCGUGCGGCUGACUGGGACGACGUGGCCGCGUCGUUGCCUACCUUUGGAGGUCCGGCGAAAACAGCCAUCCAAUGCCGGCACAAGAUCGAGAAGCUCCGGAAACGUUACCGCGGCGAGAAGCAGCGGUGUCUCACCAAACCAGGCAAGUUCUCUUCCUCGGGGGAUCUGUUCCCUGUUUUGGAUGCUAUGGAGUUAGCGUCGGUGACUUCCACGGCCGUUGAACCGAACGAUCAGGAUGUGGAUCGUGAGAACGAGAGUAACGGUGUGGAUGGAUUUAGGGUUAGAUCGAAGAGAUCCUUGGUGAGUACGCCUCGUGACGGGUUUGGGGUUAAGAGUCAGAUGAGAAUGUACGGUGGUUUUAAGCCCGAGUUUGAUUCAGAUCACGAUUCAGGAGGUGGGUUUGGAUCGAAAAGGAGAUACAAUGGACAUCCAAAGUUCAAUGCUGAUUCUGAUGAUGAGAUUUUGUUAGCCCCCAAGGCAACUAGGCUUAGGGGUUCUCAUGGGAAGCUUUCUUCGGGCGAGUUUAGUUUCUUAUUAACGGGAACGUACCAAAUAAGGAUGGUAUAAUUAAUGGGGGAUCAAAUAGCUUUUGAGUGUCCAGUGUGGCUCAAGCACAUCUUCGACAGUGAGAUAAUCCCUCCCUCUACAAAGGGUUACUAUAAGAACUUUUACGAGAUGUUGAGUACUGAUAGUGUGUAGUGCUCUGUUUUUGGCUAGUAUUAGUUGUCGUGGGUUCUGGAUGCAGGUGGUCCAGUCCCUUUAGGCUAAUUCAUUUUGUGUAGUGCUGUUAUGGCUUGUGUCCGAAGUUUGUAAUUCUUGAACCUUCGGUUUCCUUAAUGUUAAUCAACAGAUGACAAAAAAAAAGCUUGAGUGUAGUACAGUAGGACCAAGUGUUCUCUUCAAGUGACCACCUCCAAUAAAGGGGUUCUUAAGAAAAAUACAAAAAAAAAAUUAAAAAAGCAUUAAAGGGGUUCUUCUUUCUAUCUUCUUCUUUCUCUUUUGAAGCUGUUCGUCGUGCGGCUGAUGGAAGCACUUUUGAGAAAUGAUACUGCUCUCACAUCUCUAAAUGAGGAAUAUGGAGUUAUGAUCGCGAUUGCUCUAUUUGAUAUGCACGAGUGCGGAGAGAAACGAAGUGAAGUGAAAAGAUUUAAGUGUGUUUCGAGUGACAAGAUCGAUGAUGAUAUCUCGAAACCAAGCUUUAAAGAUGAACCUAGAUCACCAUUUGUCUUCUUCUUUAUCGAUUUAUCAAAGAAAAAAAAGUCAAGAAAGGAUAUACCUGAACAAUUCCUCGGCCAACAAUAGUAUCAGGUAUAUGCUUUUAACCAAUGAAACUAUUUGUUACUUUUAUGUCUUUAUCUCUUUUUUGUAAUUCCAUAAAUGUAUAACUCAAUAACAAACAAAUUUGAAAUACAUACCUAUGAUACAAAGGCUUACUACUUCCAUCUAGCUCUCUGUUUCUCCUGUUUCGAUUUUACAGAUCAACCCAGAUUGAUUGCUUGUGUUAAGAGAAGAAGAAGAUGGGGAGAGGAAGGAUUGAGUUAAAGAAGAUCGAGAAUGUGAACAGACUUCAAGUCAGUUUCACCAACAGACGUAAAGUGUUGAUGAAGAAGGCUAACGAUCUUUCGAUUCUCUGCUCGCUCUUAUCGUCUUCUCCAACACCGGCCAGGUUUACCAUUUCUCUAGCCGCAUGUAAUCUAAACACAACGAUUCUUUUCAUUUUGAGAUUUUGGAAAAAGAUCAACUUUCUCGGUUUCUUAUGUCCAAAGAAAACAAAGCCGAUUAUAAAUCUUAGGGUUUUGUGUGUUUAA